AUGACAUCGAGUUCUAUUCAACAAUAGAAGGAAUUGAAAAUUUUCAACAAUUAGUUUGCUGUCCUAAAGAAAUUAAGUUCUGGAUCGUUUGGAGUUGUGUUUUAAGGAGAAGACAAAAAAACAGGUGAAUAAAUUGCAUUGAAGAUUGAGAAGGAAGAGAGUGAUGAAGCUAAGUCUUUAGAUAGAGAAGUAUAUAAAUUUUAGAAUCCAUAGCUUAGUCAUAAAUAUUAUAGCGGUUGUAAGGUAUAAAAGGAGUUCCAAAAUUGCAUUGGUCUGGUUCAGAGGGACCUUAUAAUAUUAUGGUCAUUUAAUUGUUGGGAAGAGAUUUGGCGUAUUACGCAAAGCAUCUAAAACGAUUUCAAUUGAAAACAUUAAUAAUGUUAGCUGAGCAGAUGAUAACAAUCUUGGAGUAAUGUCAUUCAAGGUAUGAUUAUCAAAAAUACUCAUAGAUCAAUUAUUCAUAGAGAUAUGAAACCAGAGAAUGUACUCGUAGGGCGUGAUCAUAAUGAAAUAUUUCUAGUUGAUUUUGGAAUUUCUAAAGUUUUUAAGGAUGCUAAUGGAAAUCAUGUGUAUAUAAUAAAAUUGAAAUUAUGAUAGACCCUUCAGGGAUGGAAAACCCUUUAUAGGAACAACGCGAUAUGCUUCGAUUGGUGCUCAUAAGGGUUUUGAAUUAGGAAGGGGAGAUGAUUUAGAAUCUUUGGGAUAUAUGCUGGUAUUUUUAUAUAAAGGUUCGUUACCUUGGUAAAAUUUAUAAAAUGUAAGUGAUAAAGAGAAAACUAAAGUAGUUGGAAAGAUGAAGAUGUAAAUCUUAAUUGAAGAGUUGUGUAAAGACAUGCCUAAUGAAUUUUCAAAGUACUUUGAAUAUGUUAAAAAAUUGCAAUUUAAAUAAACACCUGAUUAUGAAUAUUUAAAAUAAUUGAUGCGGAAAUGCGCUAGUGAUAACAAAAUUGAAAUAGAUUAUAAAUAUGAAUGGGCAUUAUUGGAACGAAAGACAUCUGAUGUAAAUUUUAUCUAAUUAUUUUAAAGUAGUAAUCACAACACAAUUCAUAGAGAAAUAUUAAAAAGGAUUCAUCUCACAAUGAUCCAAAUAAAAAACAAACCAAAAAUAAUAUCAGUACAUAAAGUAAAUUGAAACCAGAAAUUGAUAGUGAGAAAGUAUCAAAAUCUAAAAGUCCUGCUAAGAACGCUAAAAGAUAAUCACUGAUUCCAGAAAUGCAAUCAUAAAAUUAAUCAUAAUCAAGUCAAUUUGACUUUCUUCGACCUCCAGAUCCUUAUGCUAAGGCUAGGGCCAUUAUAUAGAGAAGUCAGGAGAGACACAAAUCUGUAUCAUCAUUAGCACCAUCAUAAUAUAGCUAAGUGAAUACAGUCCAAUCUAGCAUUGCAGGAAACUAUUAAGCAAGUCACUUAGAUAUGUUUGCAACUGACAGUCAAUAAUAAUAAUAAGAGACAACAGAGAAGAAAUAGGAUAUAAUUCAAGCUUAGAAUUUUGGGUUUCAACCUCUGGAGAGUAAUGAUACGAUUCCAAUGUUAAUAGGGGAGGAUGAAGAAGGUCCUUGUUUCCUUUAUUAGAAACUGCUAGAAUAACAAGUUUAAGCGUAAAUAUAAAGUUUAUCAAAAGGCAAUUUAAAGAAACCUUAAAAAAUGGGAAUAAAAAGAAACGACACAGGUGA